AUGAAAAUAUUUUGUUCCAUUACUUAUAAUAGAAAUUCCUGGAUAGAAGGAAAAUUAAGGGACAACUCUAACAGAUAAAUUAAUGAAGAAGAUACAAGAAGAGAAGAUAUAUUAUUUAGUAGCAUCUACUACAUUAUUAACUUCACUGAUAGAAGAUGA